CUGUGUCUACAAAUUAGACAGAAGUGCAACAGUGAUCAUUCGCGAAGUUUGUAAUAUCGGCAUUUGUACAAUAAAAUAUCAGUAAAUUCUGUGUGAAGUCCGGAUGUUGACGCGCGGUUUGUAACAGCGAUAGACCGGUCAUUCAAUUCCUGGAAAAACUCAAGUGGAGUUCAUUAUUUUUCUGUAUAAACUCAGUGUUCACUUUACCAAAAGACAAUACUAUAAUUUCAAUCGUAAUUACCUUAUUAUCUUGAAUAAAAUGUCUGUUUGUGAUAGUGGAGAUGUGAAAUUAGAUGCCGCAGUAAACAAUUGGCUGAAACUAGACAAGAACCCAACAACUCGCAAUGAAGUAUUCGAAGACAUAUCAAAUGGACGGUGGGAUAAACUGCGAAGCUGUAUGCUGCAGAGGCUCAAGUUUGGCACGGCUGGUCUCCGUGGACACAUGGGAGCUGGUUACAAAGCCAUGAAUGAUGUAGUUGUUCUGCAGACUGCACAGGGCCUCUGCUCAUACAUAAAGAAAGUGUGCGACCCAAGCCAGGUACAGAACGGAGUCGUGAUUGGCUUCGACGGCAGAUACAACAGCAAAAAGUUCGCCGAGCUGACAGCGAAGGUGUUCGUCUCCUCAUCAAUACCAGUCCACAUGUUCAGGGAUGUGGUGGCCACACCCCUUGUGUCCUUCGGCACUAUACACUACAACGCAAUAGCUGGAGUCAUGGUGACCGCCUCCCAUAACCCACGGGAGGAUAAUGGGUACAAAGUGUAUUGGAAGAAUGGAUGCCAAAUAUUGUCGCCUCAUGAUUAUAAUGUACUUGAUGAAAUUAAGCAGUGUUUGGACAUACCAGACGAACACUGGAAUAUCAAGGACAUUCGCUCCAACCCUCUAGUAUCAGACUGCCAUGAUGAGGUCACCAACAAGUAUAUGGAGUCCAUCAUCACGCCCAGUCCUGAAGUAGCUGAGGAGAAUAGGAAGGCAGCCAUCGAUAUAGUCUACAGUGCCAUGCAUGGAGUUGGAUAUGAAUAUGUUAAGAAGGCUUUUGCUACUGCUAAUUUGAAGGAACCAAUAAGCGUGAAACAGCAACAGGAUCCGAACCCUGACUUCCCAACAGUGACAUUCCCUAACCCAGAAGAAUUAGACACCCUCAAGUUGAGCAUAGAGUUGGCUGAACAGAAGAAAGUCAAACUGGUGCUCGUCAACGACCCUGAUGCUGAUAGGCUGGCUGUCGCCGAGUUUGAUGAUAGCACAAAAUCCUGGCACAUAUUCAGUGGCAACGAGAUGGGAGCCCUGCUGGGCUGGUGGCUGCUGCAGCAGUACGGCAGGCGAGCCAACCACAUGCCGGAGUCCGAGGUCUACAUCAUGGCCAGCAUUGUCAGCUCCAAGAUGUUGCGCGCCAUCGUCAAAGGAAGGGGGGAGUUUGUGGAGACGCUCACUGGGUUUAAGUGGAUGGGUAACACAACGCUCCUACUGGCGCAACAGAACAAGAUGCCGCUGUUUGCGUUCGAGGAAGCCAUCGGCUACAUGUGCGACCAUCGCGUGCCCGAGAAAGAUGGAGUCUCCGCCGCGGUGCAGGUGGCAUCCCUAGCCUCCCACCUAUACCUGUCAGGCUCGUCCAUAGUGAACCAGCUGCAGUCUCUAUACGCCCAGUACGGGUACCACGUGACGUACAACAAGUACUACAUCUGCCACGAACCCGCCACUAUACAGAAGAUAUUUAGAAGAAUCAGGAACUACACUGGACCUGGACAGUAUCCCAAGAAAGUCGGUGACUGCGAGAUAGUGUUCCUGAACGACUUCGUGGCUGGAGUCAAGAUACCUGAGAAGGCCAAUGGUGAAGGCCAUCUUAACGUCCUAGGCACGGGGCUAGACCAAGACUACACGUCGGGCGAGAUGAUAAUGUUCCGCUGCAGCAACGGGCUGAGCGUCACCUUCCGCACGAGCGGCACCGAGCCCAAGCUCAAGUACUACUCCGAACUUGUGUGCCAAGCACCCACUAGGAGUGAACAAGAAUCAAUGAACGAAAAAAUGAAGAUUAUGGUAAAGGAGUUUGUAGAAGAAUUACUGCAGCCCAAAGAAAACGGUUUGUUAGGUUAAACCUUAAACUGUUAUAGAAACUAUCUACAUAAUCACAUCUUACUAUUAUAAUUAUUACAAGAUAAUAUCUUGUUCACCUAAUGUAGGCUAUUGUUUUUUGUUUUAUUCACUAGAUGGCGCUCUUCUUUAUUUCUUCUGCAGAGAAUUUUAGUUAACGUCAAAUGAUUGGAUAUUCAAUUUUUGAUAUCUACAGUGAUUGGACAGACCUAAUGCUACAAGACCGCCAUCUAGUGGACAAAAAAUGAUAGCCCUCUUUAUGUCAAUCUUAAAUUCUAAGCUAAAUCGAUUUUAAUGUCAAACGAAUCGAUUUUACAAUCGAGUGAGAUUUUAUAACUUUCUUAAUUUUGAAUUUCGUUUUUUAAGUUACCGAUGAUUGAAUCAAGGUAUAAUAAUUAUAUUUUAUUUUUUAUAUUAAUUUAUAUUUGUAUUAAAUUAUUUUCAAUUAAUAGUUUAUGUAGGUACAAAAAUAAAAUGGCAUUUUACAAACAGAUUUUAGAUUUAAUCUAUUGCCAAAGAAAUUAAAAUCAUUCCACACUGUGAUUGUUUUAUAACCUCUAAACUUUGAUUUUAUUUGGUAACUUUGAAAAUAUUGAUUCUUUUUUCAUCUACUUAUACAUAAUCUUCUCCCAGCGGCGUCGCCCGUAUUCCCAUGAUAUAUCACCCAAGUCAGCUCAUAACCUGUCUGUAUACCAAAUUUCAUCAAAAUCCGUUCAGUAGUUUCAGCGUGAUUGACGGACUAACAUCCAAACAAACAAACUUUCACAUUUAUAAUAUUAGUGUGAUUAUGAUACCGACUUACCCACGUAACUGUUUAACGAGGAACUCGACUAGUCAGCCAAGCCAUGCUAGAAGUUCAUAAUAUUCAUGAACAGCCUUUUGCGACACCACGCCGCCGACAGUCGCUGCUACUCGAAUUUCGCGCCCAUUCCAUAUGAGCCUCUAGCAUGGCUUGAAACUAGUCGAGUUUCUCAUCAAACAGUUACGUCAGUAAGCCGAUAACUUAAUAUAUUAUUUUUUUCUGAAUGUCUUAUAAAACUUAUAAUAAAAUUAUACAUAUUAUACAAUACUUAUACAUAUUAUAUGUAUUCAUACUUAACUUCUUUCUUGGCAUAAGAAGCUAAAUAAAUAUUGUUAAUUUAGAAAAUGUUCAAAUUAUUACCCAGUGAAAUGUUGACAAUUAUUCUGAAAAGUGUAUAAUAUCUUAAGAUUUUCAUUCCUUUAUAAAUAUGAAUCCUGCAUUUAAAACCAAUCGAUUGAUUUUAUAAUUAAUCUUUAAUGUUAAUAGAAAAUAAAGUAUAGUUAAUAAAAUUA